AACCAUAGCAAUGGAUAAUUACACAAAAAUAGAGAAGGUUGGGGAAGGUACCUAUGGCAUUGUGUAUAAAGGUCGGCACAAAAUCACAGGCCAACUGGUUGCAAUGAAGAAAAUACGCCUAGAAAGUGAGGAGGAAGGUGUUCCAAGUACUGCUAUCCGAGAAAUUUCUUUAUUGAAAGAGCUGCAUCAUCCCAAUAUAGUAUGUCUUCAGGAUGUUCUUAUGCAGGAUUCAAGACUGUAUCUCAUCUUUGAAUUCCUUUCCAUGGAUCUCAAGAGAUACUUGGAUACUAUUCCAUCUGGUCAAUAUUUGGAUAGUUCACGUGUGAAGAGUUACUUGUAUCAAAUCUUGCAAGGUAUUGUCUUCUGCCAUUCAAGAAGAGUUCUGCACAGAGACUUAAAACCUCAGAAUCUCUUAAUCGAUAACAAGGGAGUGAUUAAACUGGCAGACUUUGGAUUGGCUCGAGCCUUUGGAAUUCCGGUGCGGGCAUACACUCAUGAAGUAGUGACACUGUGGUACAGGUCUCCAGAGGUGUUGCUGGGAUGUAUUCGCUACUCUACUCCUGUAGACAUAUGGAGCAUAGGUACCAUAUUUGCGGAGCUGGCAACUAAAAAGCCGCUUUUCCAUGGGGACUCGGAGAUCGACCAGCUCUUCAGAAUCUUCAGAGCUUUAGGUACCCCCAACAAUGAGGUAUGGCCUGAAGUGGAAACCCUGCAAGACUACAAAAACACGUUCCCAAAAUGGAAACCUGGCAGCCUGGGAACACACGUAAAAAACUUGGAUCAAGAUGGACUUGACCUGCUGUCUAAAAUGUUAAUUUAUGAUCCUGCAAAAAGAAUUUCUGGCAAAAUGGCCUUGAACCAUCCAUAUUUUGAUGACUUGGACAAAUCCACUCUUCCUGCUAAUCUGAUUAACAAAAGUAGACUUUUGGACUAA